AACACCCAAUAAAAAGAAAUGGGAGGAGUUAGAAAAGAAGAAGAACCUAAAGGAAAAAUAGGCAAAAUCAUGAACUCACCUUGCCUUAGACAAGCCUCAAAAACCUGCUUACAUGGUUGCUGUGCAGCUCCUUUUCUUGCUCCUCCUCCUCCUCCUCCUCCUCAAAAGCCGAAUUCGUCGACAACAAACAACAAAGUCACCAUUUUCAGGUAUGACUUCACUCUUGCAACAGCUGCUUCCCUCUGCUGCUACCCCAACUCCCAAUUCACAAACCAUGAGUCACUCCCUUCAUUACAUGAAUCAUAUGCUUAUUUCAUUAAAGCAUACCCUCAAUACUCCCAAACUGAUCAAGCAGACUAUAUCAGAGCCCAUGAGUAUCACCAUCUCAACCUCUCCAAACAUGUCUGCCUUGAUUACAUUGGGCACGGCCUCUUCUCAUUCUCUCAGCUCCAAAAGCAUUACCAAACACCUUCAAUUGCUUCAUCAUCAUCAUCAUCUCCUCCUCCUCUUCCCCCUACUAUUCCUCAGUCACUAUAUGCCCCGGAACCAUUAUUUUUCGAUAUUUCGUACAAGUCAGUGAACUUGCAUACCCAAAUAUUGUAUGGGGGACAAGAAUCAGAAUUUGAAUUUGAAAUGAAGAAAAGAAUCAUGAGUUACAUGAACAUCUCAGAAGUUGAUUACACCUUGAUUUUAACUGCCAAUCAAUCAUCAGCUUUCAAACUUCUAGCAGACUCUUAUCCCUUCCAGAACAAUCCCAACCUAUUGAGUGUUUAUGACUACAAGAAUGAGGCUGUGGAUGUGAUGGCAGAGAGCUGUAAGAAAAGAAGAGGACGAGUCAUGUCUGCCGAGUUCUCAUGGCCUAACAUGAGAAUUCAUACAAGUAAAUUGGGGAGAAAGAUUGGGAAGAGGAAGAAGAUCAGGAAGCGGCCCGGAUUGUUCGUUUUCCCACUUCAAUCAAGAGUCACCGGAGUUCGAUACUCGUAUCAGUGGAUGAGCAUAGCGCAGGAAAAUGGGUGGCAUGUGUUGCUUGAUGCAUGUGCAUUGGGGCCUAAGGACAUGGAGACAUUAGGUCUCUCUUUGUUUAAGCCUGACUUUCUAAUUUGCUCUUUCUUCAAAGUUUUCGGGGAAAAUCCAUCCGGCUUUGGUUGCUUGUUUGUCAAGAAAUCGAGCGCUUCGGUGUUGAAGGAUUCCUCAGUUGUUUCGAGCAUAGGAAUCGUGAGCCUCGUCGCAUCUUCAAUACCAUCUCAAUUAGUAGUAGAGAAGUCAAGUGACAAAGAAGUCUCAAUAAAGCAAAAGGCACACACACUUUCGGAAAUUGAGGAGCUAGAGAGAGAUUCUGAGUCUGACCAAUCCGAAAAUUGGGAGAGUUAUGAAAGUGGCAAGAGCUCAGGGAUUGAAUGUAGAGGUUUGGAUCAUGCAGAUGAAUUAGGCCUGGUACUAAUUAGUAGGAGAGCAAGGUACCUGAUCAACUGGUUAGUGAAUGCAUUGAUGAGUCUUCGACAUCCACAUUACUCCGAAUAUGGGCAUCAAUUGGUCAAAAUCUACGGCCCCAAGAUUAAAUUCGACAGAGGACCAAGCCUGGCAUUCAAUGUGUUCGAUUGGAAAGGGGAGAAGAUCGAGCCUUCAAUUGUCCAGAAGCUUGCUGAUCGACACAACAUUUCGCUGAGCUACGGAAUUUUGGACCACAUUUGGUUCUCGGACAAGCACCAAGAAGAAAAGGAAACGAAGUCGGAGACAUGUAGAAGUGAAGUGGAAGGAGCUCAUGUUUCUGUGGUCACAGCUGCAUUGGGCUUCUUGACAAAUUUUGAAGACAUUUACAGGCUUUGGGCAUUUGUUUCGAGGUUUUUGGAUGCCGACUUUGUGGAGAAGGAAAGGUGGAGAUACAUGGCCCUCAAUCAAAGGACUGUUGAGGUUUGAAGUUAUUCUUUCAUUCUUUCACAUUAUGAGGAACAAUCAUAACAUGUACUAUCCAAGAUGAGAGAAGUUUGUUCAAUCAAAGACACACAUAAUAGAAAAGAAGAAUAAGAAGAAGAAGAAACAAAUGUAGAGAUAAUGCCAGAUGUCCUUACCAGACUGCUGAUCUGUCCCAUUGUAAUGUGAAUUUUAAUUUAAUUUGAAUGCAAGGUCCAGAUUGACAGUCUGAUAUGUUGUACCAUGUGGCAAGAGUACUAAACAUAAUUUACAUAUA